AUGGGAGGGAGGGGACAAGGCAGGAGUGGGCAGGGGGUCAAGGGGACAAGGCAGGAGUGGGCAGGGGGUCAAGGGGACAAGGCAGGAGUGGGCAGCGGGUCAAGGGGACAAGGCAGGAGUGGGCAGGGGGUCAAGGGGACAAGGCAGGAGUGGGCAGCGGGUCAAGGGGACAAGGCAGGAGUGGGCAGGGGGUCAAGGGGACAAGGCAGGAGUGGGCAGCGGGUCAAGGGGACAAGGCAGGAGUGGGCAGGGGGUCAAGGGGACAAGGCAGGAGUGGGCAGGGGGUCAAGGGGACAAGGCAGGAGUGGGCAGGGGGUCAAGGGGACAAGGCAGGAGUGGGCAGGGGGUCAAGGGGACAAGGCAGGAGUGGGCAGCGGGUCAAGGGGACAAGGCAGGAGUGGGCAGGGGUCAAGGGGACAAGGCAGGAGUGGGCAGGGGGUCAAGGGGACAAGGCAGGAGUGGGCAGGGGGUCAAGGGGACAAGGCAGGAGUGGGCAGGGGGUCAAGGGGACAAGGCAGGAGUGGGCAGGGGGUCAAGGGGACAAGGCAGGAGUGGGCAGGGGGUCAAGGGGACAAGGCAGGAGUGGGCAGGGGGUCAAGGGGACAAGGCAGGAGUGGGCAGGGGGUCAAGGGGACAAGGCAGGAGUGGGCAGGGGGUCAAGGGGACAAGGCAGGAGUGGGCAGGGGGUCAAGGGGACAAGGCAGGAGUGGGCAGGGGGUCAAGGGGACAAGGCAGGAGUGGGCAGGGGGUCAAGGGGACAAGGCAGGAGUGGGCAGGGGGUCAAGGGGACAAGGCAGGAGUGGGCAGGGGGUCAAGGGGACAAGGCAGGAGUGGGCAGGGGGUCAAGGGGACAAGGCAGGAGUGGGCAGGGGGUCAAGGGGACAAGGCAGGAGUGGGCAGGGGGUCAAGGGGACAAGGCAGGAGUGGGCAGGGGGUCAAGGGGACAAGGCAGGAGUGGGCAGGGGGUCAAGGGGACAAGGCAGGAGUGGGCAGGGGGUCAAGGGGACAAGGCAGGAGUGGGCAGGGGGUCAAGGGGACAAGGCAGGAGUGGGCAGGGGGUCAAGGGGACAAGGCAGGAGUGGGCAGGGGGUCAAGGGGACAAGGCAGGAGUGGGCAGGGGGUCAAGGGGACAAGGCAGGAGUGGGCAGGGGGUCAAGGGGACAAGGCAGGAGUGGGCAGGGGGUCAAGGGGACAAGGCAGGAGUGGGCAGGGGGUCAAGGGGACAAGGCAGGAGUGGGCAGGGGGUCAAGGGGACAAGGCAGGAGUGGGCAGGGGGUCAAGGGGACAAGGCAGGAGUGGGCAGGGGGUCAAGGGGACAAGGCAGGAGUGGGCAGGGGGUCAAGGGGACAAGGCAGGAGUGGGCAGGGGGUCAAGGGGACAAGGCAGGAGUGGGCAGGGGGUCAAGGGGACAAGGCAGGAGUGGGCAGGGGGUCAAGGGGACAAGGCAGGAGUGGGCAGGGGGUCAAGGGGACAAGGCAGGAGUGGGCAGGGGGUCAAGGGGACAAGGCAGGAGUGGGCAGGGGGUCAAGGGGACAAGGCAGGAGUGGGCAGGGGGUCAAGGGGACAAGGCAGGAGUGGGCAGGGGGUCAAGGGGACAAGGCAGGAGUGGGCAGGGGGUCAAGGGGACAAGGCAGGAGUGGGCAGGGGGUCAAGGGGACAAGGCAGGAGUGGGCAGGGGGUCAAGGGGACAAGGCAGGAGUGGGCAGGGGGUCAAGGGGACAAGGCAGGAGUGGGCAGGGGGUCAAGGGGACAAGGCAGGAGUGGGCAGGGGGUCAAGGGGACAAGGCAGGAGUGGGCAGGGGGUCAAGGGGACAAGGCAGGAGUGGGCAGGGGGUCAAGGGGACAAGGCAGGAGUGGGCAGGGGGUCAAGGGGACAAGGCAGGAGUGGGCAGGGGGUCAAGGGGACAAGGCAGGAGUGGGCAGGGGUCAAGGGGACAAGGCAGGAGUGGGCAGGGGGUCAAGGGGACAAGGCAGGAGUGGGCAGGGGGUCAAGGGGACAAGGCAGGAGUGGGCAGGGGGUCAAGGGGACAAGGCAGGAGUGGGCAGGGGGUCAAGGGGACAAGGCAGGAGUGGGCAGGGGGUCAAGGGGACAAGGCAGGAGUGGGCAGGGGGUCAAGGGGACAAGGCAGGAGUGGGCAGGGGGUCAAGGGGACAAGGCAGGAGUGGGCAGGGGGUCAAGGGGACAAGGCAGGAGUGGGCAGGGGGUCAAGGGGACAAGGCAGGAGUGGGCAGGGGGUCAAGGGGACAAGGCAGGAGUGGGCAGGGGGUCAAGGGGACAAGGCAGGAGUGGGCAGGGGGUCAAGGGGACAAGGCAGGAGUGGGCAGGGGGUCAAGGGGACAAGGCAGGAGUGGGCAGGGGGUCAAGGGGACAAGGCAGGAGUGGGCAGGGGGUCAAGGGGACAAGGCAGGAGUGGGCAGGGGGUCAAGGGGACAAGGCAGGAGUGGGCAGGGGGUCAAGGGGACAAGGCAGGAGUGGGCAGGGGUCAAGGGGACAAGGCAGGAGUGGGCAGCGGGUCAAGGGGACAAGGCAGGAGUGGGCAGGGGGUCAAGGGGACAAGGCAGGAGUGGGCAGGGGGUCAAGGGGACAAGGCAGGAGUGGGCAGGGGGUCAAGGGGACAAGGCAGGAGUGGGCAGGGGGUCAAGGGGACAAGGCAGGAGUGGGCAGGGGGUCAAGGGGACAAGGCAGGAGUGGGCAGGGGGUCAAGGGGACAAGGCAGGAGUGGGCAGGGGGUCAAGGGGACAAGGCAGGAGUGGGCAGCGGGUCAAGGGGACAAGGCAGGAGUGGGCAGGGGGUCAAGGGGACAAGGCAGGAGUGGGCAGGGGGUCAAGGGGACAAGGCAGGAGUGGGCAGGGGGUCAAGGGGACAAGGCAGGAGUGGGCAGGGGGUCAAGGGGACAAGGCAGGAGUGGGCAGGGGGUCAAGGGGACAAGGCAGGAGUGGGCAGGGGGGUCAAGGGGACAAGGCAGGAGUGGGCAGGGGGUCAAGGGGACAAGGCAGGAGUGGGCAGGGGGUCAAGGGGACAAGGCAGGAGUGGGCAGGGGGUCAAGGGGACAAGGCAGGAGUGGGCAGGGGGUCAAGGGGACAAGGCAGGAGUGGGCAGCGGGUCAAGGGGACAAGGCAGGAGUGGGCAGCGGGUCAAGGGGACAAGGCAGGAGUGGGCAGCGGGUCAAGGGGACAAGGCAGGAGUGGGCAGGUGGGGAAAGGGCAGGGGGCCAGGGAGCAAAAGCGGGCAGCGAUCUCUGCACAAGAGUGCCGCCUAUAGACUACCGUGCAAGACCUGCAGCUCCGCAGUGUCUAGUGUCUCCUCCGCGGUUUUGCAGUGAGGAGUAUGCUGAGCAGCGACAUGAGAUCUCGGGCAACGUGCACUCGUUGGAGAAAGGAAAGUGGGGCCCGGGAGAGGUCUGUGUGGGCGGGGAUGAGGAAGAGGGGGAUGUGGGAUUGGUUGAAGGGGAGGGAUGGAAUGAAGAGGAGUGUGGCUCUUCAGACCCCGGGGAGACCAAGUGA